GGGAACGAGGCACAGCCGGACUCUCAUCUCCUUCCCUGUGCCACGAGCUAUCUCCGUCCUCCUGUUAAUGUUUACAAGGCAAGUCCGGCAGCAUCCAAGUCUGUCCAAAGACCAGCUCCCGCCCCGGCUUUCCCGGGAUCCUUUUUCCUGCUGGCCGGGGCAGGAGCACAGGACGGUGUCAGGGGGAGGAACGGGCUCGCUGCUGGCUGUCGCAGGAGGUUUGUACAUGUUGUGCGGGCUGGGAAAUCUGCUGGGGCCUUCCCUGUCCUGCACCACUCCCCUUCCCUCUCCCUCCCUGCAGAUGAAUAAUGCCACACGUGCUGUGCCCUCUCCCGUGGCACCUGGCACGCUGGGGCCUGGCACAGCAGCCAGGCUGGCCUCAGCCCCGCCAUUCUCAGCUGUUGCCCUGCUCACGGCUGCCCACAACACCUCCCAGGAGGGCCAGCAGCUUUUCCUGACCACCACAGCAGCAAAGGUCAUCUCUGGCAUCUUCGUGUGGUCAGCACUCAUCGUCACCUUCCACCAGAUCUACACACACCUGAGGAAUUACACCAUCCCCAAGGAGCAGCGCUACAUCAUCCGCAUCCUCUUCAUCGUGCCCGUCUACGCCUUCGACUCCUGGCUCAGCCUCCUCCUCCUCGGCAGCCACCAGUACUACGUCUACUUCGACUCGGUGCGGGACUGCUAUGAAGCUUUUGUGAUUUACAGCUUCCUGAGCCUGUGCUUCGAGUACCUCGGAGGGGAGAGCACCAUCAUGACAGAGAUCCGAGGGAAGCCCAUUGCGUCCAGCUGUUUUUAUGGGACCUGCUGCCUUCAGGGUAUGUCCUACUCCAUCGGGUUCCUGCGCUUCUGCAAGCAGGCCACACUGCAGUUCUGCAUUGUGAAACCCCUCAUGGCAAUUGUCACCAUCAUCCUGCAGGCGUUUGGGAAGUACCACGAUGGAGACUUCAAUGUCCACAGUGGAUAUCUCUACAUCACCAUCAUCUACAACUUCUCUGUCAGCCUGGCCCUUUAUGCCCUUUUCCUCUUCUACUUCGCCACCAUGGACCUGCUGCGCCCGUUUGAGCCAGUCCUCAAGUUCAUCACCAUCAAGGCUGUCAUUUUCCUCUCCUUCUGGCAAGGGACACUGCUGGCAAUCCUGGAGAAAUGUGGGGUGAUCCCUGAAGUUCAGAUCAUCGAUGGGAAGGAGGUGGGAGCUGGGACAGUGGCUGCUGGCUACCAGAACUUCAUCAUCUGCAUUGAAAUGUUCUUUGCUUCCAUUGCUCUGCGCUACGCAUUCACCUGCCACGUGUACAGGGAGAAGAAAGAAAACUCAACAGCAAACCUUGCCCCGAUGCAGAGCAUCUCAAGUGGGCUGAAGGAGACAAUCAGCCCCCAGGACAUCGUGCAGGAUGCCAUCCACAACUUCUCACCUGCAUACCAGCACUACACCCAGCAGUCCAUGCAGGAGGCAGAGCGCAAAGCGCCGGGGGACAACGGGCACGUGGCCUCCAAGAUAGAUGGACAGAGCAGCAGGAAGAGCAAAAACAUUGAAAAGAGAAUGCUAAUCCUGUCAGAUGAGGAGCUGUAGGAGGUAUCAGAAGAGACAUUGACACUGAAGAGGUUUUAACCCAUGCAGA